AUGACGACAACACGAUAUUUUCCAUUUUUAUCACGAGAUUUUGCACGAUUGUUAGAGACAGGGCAAAAACCCGAUAUAUCAAUAAAAGUUGGUAGUGGAGCAAUGACAAGAAGCUUUCAAGCACAUUCAUUAAUAUUGCAUGCUCGGUCACGAUUAUUUGCCAAAUUGUUGGCGGACAAGUGUACAUAUAGUGCGGGUGAUGGUGCUGAUAAUGGUUUGCCAGUGUUGAACAGCCAAGUACUUGACCAAAUAACACCAGCUGUGUUUGAAAUUUUACUUCGCUAUAUAUAUGGAGGGAAUUUACCACUAGAGAAUAGAGGAGGGCGACACAUACUUGAACUUCUAAUAGGAGCAGAUUUACUAGACUUAACAGACAUUCUACAUGAAAUACAAGAACAGCUAGUAAAGAACAAUAGCGAUUGGGUGGUGGAAAAUUUUGGGAUAAUAAGCAGAACGGUACUCGAACAUCCAAACUUUAAAAUACUAUACGACUGGAAUCAAUUAAGAACAGAUAUCUUAAGUUAUCAUUUGAAACCUGGCUACACACCAAUAACGACAGUAGCACCACCAAGAUACGGCUCAAAAAGUUUAAUGAUUGCAAAAAUGGUCCCGCAUCAUUACCUUGAUUCGACAAUAAUAAAUAAGCGACAUGCUGCAUUACUAUCCCUUUGGAUAGACCGUAGAGAGAACGAAACACCCACAACAUUUCGUCAACCUACCUCCGCCGAAAAUCGCUACGAAUUUAAGUUACUAUGUCGAGGAACCCGCGACGGAUUCACCGCAAAAUACUUUCACCGGUUUUGCGACUCAAAAGGACCAACGAUCACCAUUCUAAAAGUCAAAGAAACAGGUGAACUAAUUGGCGGGUAUAAUCCACUACCGUGGAAAUCAUCAGACGCUGGUAAAUACCAAGAAACGAAUGAAAGUUUCGUGUUCUCUUUUGGGUUGGAUUUCCCGCGGAGUGCUAUUCUAAGUAGAGUGUGUGAGCCAAGUCAAGCGGUAUAUUGUCAUCGUGUGUGGGGACCUAGUUUCGGUGUGUUUGAUCUAGCAUUACAUGGUAAUUUCGCAGAGGACGGGAUGUGUCGUAGUCAACGAGGGCAAUACGAAAACGAGAUACGGUCUUCGGAUAGUGAAGAUUUCUCGGUGGAAGAGUAUGAAGUAUUCCAGGUUAUAGAUCAUCUGCCACAAAAAGACAUUAUUAAUAAUAGAGAAUUAUCAUCACCAUCGUCACGUAAAUAUUUUAUUUAUUCGUUUGUCGUUUUGGGUUUUGCUGGGGUAAUAUUAGCAUUGAGUUUUUGGUUUGUGUUAUCUGAAUAUUGUCCGUGUGGGUUAUUGGAUACUAUUGAACGAUUGAAGAGAACGAUAAUUUCAAUCACUUAA